AUGCCUGCAGCUCUCACCAACAUCAGUGUAAAAGUAAUACGUUGUUAUGGAUGUGAUCUAUUACAGGUUGCCCACCGGGACGCUACGAAAAUAAGUACGGUGAGGGUCCAAGGCAACGCCAUUUCCCACAAGCUCAGCCUAUCGGGUGUGCGGAAGGAGGACGAGGGAGUGUAUGAGUGUCGGGUUUUGGACUUGUACUCUGAUGAGACUCAGGAAUACAAGGUGCAGGCCACUCUGCGCGUGACAUCGCGCGAGGGAAUGCUGGCCGAGGAGGCCGUAUCUCACAUCCAGAACCGAUGGCCACUGAGGAACAGCAACACAGCGACGGGUGGACGGGCCACUUCUGAGCCGGGCCAGGGUAAGGGGAAACCCCGCGUGCCUCCGCCGGUUGGAAUAGGACCCGCUCCUCCUUCAACGUCUACGACGGGCUCUGUAGUCAAGUCGUCAGCUUCGCCUCGGCCGGGCAAUUCAUCUAUCCUGAGACAACAACACGGAUCCGGUUCCGGAGCCAUGGCAACCACUGAGCCACUCCUUUACGUCACUCUGCUGAUCCUACAUAAGCUCCUCCCCUUCCUGUUUGCCUACUAAGAGACCACAGCCAAACAACUCGCAAUGAUUUCACUUUAUGUAUCAAACGACAAAGGGAAAAUAUAACUACGUAUAUAUAAAUAUAUAUAUAAAUAUAUCUACCAUUAUGGCACAUCAGAGAGAGGAAUGGGAUAUGACUUCGGAGAAAAUAUCAGAAGAAGAAAAAAAACUGAGUAAUAAAGAGAAGGCCAUGUUCUUUUCUGGGACUUGUGUAGAAGAUCUGUCUCAGAUUUGGAUGUAAAAUGGAUUCUAAAAGAAGCAUGAUGAAAAACAACAAAAAAUUAUGUGAAUUAGAGCUUCAUACACAUGACUGACAUCCAUAAACGCUGCAUCCAAGUUUAAAAUACUACUGUUUGCCUUGCUAAAUGCAUGGCUCUCUUAAUUUAUUAUUAUUGUUGUUUAUUUUUUAU